ACUCCCCCUCCACAGCUACUGUUGACCCUGCUGCAUACUCGCUUGAAACCACCAACUCAUCUGCCAUCCCGGGGAUACUUGUCUUUUAAAUACAGUUUGUUUGCAAGCCAAGUUAGCGCUGUUCUCUUCCUUGCUGCUGUAGGAGUUCUGGCGAGUCCGCAGCCGCUGCUGGCCAUGGAGCGAGGAAGCGGGUUUUCAUUCAUGAAGUAUGGGACGGCAAUGUCUCUUGCGAUGGUUCUGCUGGCGUACUGGUUCCGACCUCCCGGGGAUUCAAGGCUGGAUGACCGGUUGGACACAGUGCUGUCCUCCCUGCUGCGGGCUGAAAGCAAAGUGGGGAUUAACAACGCCAGACCCAGGGUGGCGAUAGGUUUAGGGGGUUGUGUAGACAUCCUCGUGGACGGGGUGAGGUUGCUGAAUAAGAUCGGCCUGCCACCCACAGACCAACCUCUCCAUCAUGACUACAUAGAGAACGCUGAUCAGCUGGCACAGAGCUUCGCUUACUUCUUCGUCCCGGGAGCCGCUGCAGAGCGGUUUGUGAUGAACAACACCCUGUUCAGUCAGCUGGUCGAGACAUCUCGUGAGUUGCCCGGCAACCGCUGGUCCAUAGGUGGCAACGCCCCAGUGAUGGCUGGUCGAAUGGCAACCGAGGGCUGCGACGUGUUGUUAGGGGGGAGCUUUAGCCCUGACUUCGCUGAUGUACUGUCCCAGCAUAUCACAGUUGCAGGUAAUGUGGUGGAGGAGCCUGAUAUCCAUCUGAUCCUGGAGUACCCAUCUGGAGCCACUUGGGGCCAGUACACCGCCCGCAGGGCCAACAGGUACAUAGUCCACAGUGAUGACCAUAACCCAUACCUAGCGGCACUGGAGGACUUUGAGGAUAAGCUGCAGGACUUCCAUCCUGACCUGCUGGUGAUGGGUGGGCUCCAAAUGAUGGACAGCUUCCCCUUCCAACAGGAUGAGAGGAAAAACCUGCUCUCUCGGCUGGGCAAUCUCCUCUCCUCCUCCUCCCCUCGAACGGGCGUCCAUUUUGAGAUGGCCAGCUUUGUGGAUGAGGGUCUAAUGGGGGACCUGCUGCAUCUGGUCCUGCCCAAUGCCGACUCCCUGGGGAUGAACGAGCAGGAGCUGCCCAACCUGCUCAGCCUGUUGAGGGGCUCUAACGUCACCGUACUCUCUGACCCUAACCCCCGCGUUGCAACCGUCCUCGACCAGAUGAGGGAGCUCUACCGCCUGGUCAACCAGCGCUACCGCGAUGCUAAUGAGGAUAGCGGCGUGGACGCUAAUGCAGCUAGUGCUAAAGGCCGGCCGCUGUCCAGGCUCCACGUGCACACGUUGGCGUUCCAGGCCAUGAUUGUGACGCGUGGCUCUCAGUGGAAGAACACCAUGUCGGCCGUGGCCAAGGCCUCGCUUACCGCCAACCGCCACGUGUGCGGCUCACCGGACAUCGACCCCAGCAAGGCGCGGCUCAUCAUGGACGAGUCAUUCUCUGUGAGCCGGCAGGAGGGCAGCCAGCGGAUCCCUCUGGAGGAGACCAGGCCUGUCAGCUGCUGGGACGAGGAUGACUAUGAGAUCUGUGUGGCGCCCAACCUGGUGUGCACAGAUGUUUACCAGACUGCAGGGGGAGGGGACAACAUCUCUGCCGCAGGACUGGUGCUGCAGAUCUGAGCCAACUUUAGGGACCAACGGCUAACUCUAACAAAGAGAUCCCCUAACAUGUGAAGUCUUUUAUCAUUCUGGUUUUAGGUGUGUUGUUUAUUGUGUUGCCGGUGCAAUGCAAACGCUGGGUGCAGUGUGUCUGGCAGGGCUGAGCCUAUUCCUCAUCUGUGCUUUUAGCUGUCCUCUGCCUCCUCUCCCCCUCUCCUCCUGUGCUCCUCUUUCUCCUGUCCUCUGCCUCCUCUCCCCCUCUCCUCCUGUGCUCCUCUUUCUCCUGUCCUCUGCCUCCUCUCCCCCUCUCCUCCUGUGCUCCUCUUUCUCCUGUCCUCUGCCUCCUCUCCCCCUCUCCUCCUGUGCUCCUCUUUCUCCUGUCCUCUGCCUCCUCUCCCCCUCUCCUCCUGUGCUCCUCUUUCUCCUGUCCUCUGCCUCCUCUCCCCUCUCCUCCUGUGCUCCUCUUUCUCCUGUCCUCUGCCUCCUCUCCCCCUCUCCUCCUGUGCUCCUCUUUCUCCUGUCCUCUGCCUCCUCUCCCCCUCUCCUCCUGUGCUCCUCUUUCUCCUGUCCUCUGCCUCCUCUCCCCCUCUCCUCCUGUGCUCCUCUUUCUCCUGUCCUCUGCCUCCUCUCCCCCUCUCCUCCUGUGCUCCUCUUUCUCCUGUCCUCUGCCUCCUCCCCCUCUCCUCCUGUGCUCCUCUUUCUCCUGUCCUCUGCCUCCUCUCCCCCUCUCCUCCUGUGCUCCUCUUUCUCCUGUCCUCUGCCUCCUCUCCCCCUCUCCUCCUGUGCUCCUCUUUCUCCUGUCCUCUGCCUCCUCUCCCCCUCUCCUCCUGUGCUCCUCUUUCUCCUGUCCUCUGCCUCCUCUCCCCCCUCUCCUCCUGUGCUCCUCUUUCUCCUGUCCUCUGCCUCCUCUCCCCCUCUCCUCCUGUGCUCCUCUUUCUCCUGUCCUCUGCCUCCUCUCCCCCUCUCCUCCUGUGCUCUUCUUUCUCCUGUCCUCUGCCUCCUCUCC